GGUUAUGCAAAUGCGCUGAAAAAUUCCUACACCCGAUAAAAUGCAGCACAAUUACCGUCGAUUGUGUGCGAGCUACCCCCUCUCCGAUCGGCGAAAACCCUAAACAGUUUCUCGUUGGCCUCUUUCAUACACGAUUCCUAGUCGGAAAAUCCCCCUCGGAAGCAUCACCAUGCUUCCAUUUUCUUCCACUCUAUCCAGUCAGAUACGGUUCCUCCUGCAGAGUGCGAACUCUUCCACUUUUGAUUCGCUUUUUCGCGAGCUUUGCCAGUAUGAAGAUUAUGGAUGUGAAGGCAGCAUUCUAUUGCUUCAAAGUUGCUUAGAUAUGCUGAAUUACAGUGGCGGACACCCCAAUCUGCAGCCACAGCUGGAUCUUGUGUCCGCUAUUUUCAAGCAUCUAUUACAUAGGCCAAAUUUCAGUACGAUUUUUUGCGAGUCAUUGCGAUUGACAUCAAUGAGUGAGGGAUUCUUGGUAGAUCUUUCAAAUACGUUGAGGCUGUCCAAUGCAGAGAAAGUUGGAGUUGGUCUUGCAUUAUCAGAAUCAGAAAAUAUAGACUUGAAAAUCAUAGGCCAAAACUUUUGCAUUGUUCAAAUUGAAGAACUUUGCUCAAGUCCUACGUCUUCGGACUUUAAUGAGCAAAUUCAAGAUAUCUUCAUGUUUCUAUACUGGUCGGAGGGCCUUUCAAAGCAUUCAGAUUCUUUUACAAAAAUCUUGUCAUUGAUACCUACACAAGAUAGGUCUUUUUUGGUAGGAGCCUCAGCUCUGGCAGAUGAUAUAUGUGAAGCCAAUAUGCUGAGGCAUUUAGAUGCAUUCUUUGAAUGUUCUGAUAAUGAUUUUGAGGCAGUUUUAGCUGAGAUGGAAAAGGAAAUGAGCAUGGCUGAUAUCAUGAGGGAACUUGGCUAUGCAUGUACUUCUAACACUUUACAUUGCAAAGAGAUGCUCUCUCAUUUUCUACCUCUAAGUGAGGUGACAGUUGCCAGGUUGAUCAGUACAAUUUUCUCAACCAGAACAGGUCUGGAAGAUGCUCAAGACAUACAUUAUACAUUCUGCUCAGCUGUUGGCAGCAGCUUGGCAUGUGAAUCAUCUUCCUUUAACUCUUGGAAUGUUGAUGUUCUUGUGGAUUCAAUAAGGCAACUGGCUCCUACAAUCAAUUGGGUGAAUGUCAUGGAGAAUCUGGAUCAUGAAGGAUUUAACAUUCCUGAUGAAGCAUCAUUUUCUUUAUUAAUGUCUAUAUAUAGAAAAGCUUGCCAGGAUCCAUUUCCUCUUCAUGCUGUUUGUGGGUAUGUCUGGAGAAAUGCAGAAGGGCAGUUAUCUUUAUUAAGGCAUGCCGUGUCUGCUCGACCUGAUGUUUUUACCUUUGCACAUUCUUCAAGGCACUUGAUUCACUCAGAUUCAUUUCAAUUUGCAAAUAAAGAGGGCAAUCAGGCAUGGUUAUGUCUAGAUCUCUUGGAGGUUUUGUGCGAGUUGGCUGAGAGGGGACAUGGAAGUACUGUUCGCAUGAUGCUUGAGCAACCCUUCAGUCAGUGUCCUGAAGUUCUACUUGCAGCAAUUUCACACAUCAGCACUACGUACAACUUCCUCCAGUCUGAAGUCUGUUCAGUUUUGUUUCCUGCAAUGCUAAAGGAUCCUAUGAAGACUAGUUUGAUUCAUUAUGUUUGGCGUGCUAAUCCUAAUCUGGUAUUACGAAGAUUUCUUGAUGUUUACACAGAUCCAAGUUCCCUUUUGAGAAUACUGGAUAUUUGCCAAGAGCUGAAGAUUUUAGCAACUGUAUUGGACGCGGCUCCUUUUCCUUUUGGCAUCAAAUUAGCUACUAUUGCUUUUAGGAAGGAGCAGGCAGCUCUAGAAAAAUGGCUAAAUGAUAAUUUAAACACAUACAAAGAUUCCUUUUUUCAGGAUUGCCUUAAGUUUCUUGCAGAACUAUCUAAUUUGGGGAAUGAUAUGCCUGAUGGCUCUAUGGACCAAUCCAGAACUUCUGUUAUGAGUGCAUACCAGGAGGCAUUAUCUAUAUUCUUGAAGGUUCUUCAAGCCCACUCUGGGCAAGUUUCUUUCCAAAUUUCUGAAGAAUUAAAUAAGCUCUUUGUUCUGUUUACUGCAAAAAAUCAAAGCUCUGUAAACAAUUCUGAUUGGAGCACGAAUGAGAUUGAGGCAGAAGCAAAUGCUUAUUUUCAACAAAUGUUUGCUGGAGAGCGUACAGUUGAAGACAUGGUUCAAAUGCUUGCUCGUUUCAAAGAAUCUUCUGAAAGGAGAGAGCGGAAGAUCUAUGAGUGCAUGGUUUCUAAUCUAUUCGAGGAGUACAGGUUCUUCUCCAAAUAUCCUGAUAGACAGCUUAAGAUAGCAGCUAUUCUUUUUGGUUUGCUUAUAAAGCACCAGCUUGUGAAUCAUAUUGAACUGGGUAUUGCUUUGCGUUUUGUUCUUGAUGCAUUACGCAAAUCUAUUGAUUCAAAGAUGUUUAUGUUUGGCACUAAAGCUUUGGAGCAGUUCAUGGAUCGUUUGGUGGAAUGGCCACAGUAUUGCAAUCAUAUUUUACAGAUAUCUCAUUUGCGAAGCACACAUGCUGAGUUGGUUGCUGUCAUUGAACGAACUCUGGCUAGAGUUUCUUCAAGCCAGGCUGAAUCAAAUGGAGUAAACAGUCUCUCUACUGAGAUGCAACAAGUUUCUGCACAAAUUUCUGUAGAAAGCAUGGAGGCCAUGGUGGGUUCUUGGCAGCUGAUUGGUUCCAGCUCUAGUCAGUUUGGGCAACAGCCUCUUCCUUUUCAGCAGACUCAACCACAGCUUAAGCAUCAAGGUUUUCUCGGGGAUAGGCUCAAACCUGCUUCGACCCCUGUAAGCUACACAAAGCCUGUCCUAUCUAAUGCUGGGCAACCUUCUCUCGUGUCUGCAUCUGGAGAAUCUGUACCAAACCCUAAGGUGACAGCAUCUCAACCUCCACAACCUCCAUCUUCUCAGCAUUUGGCUGCUGUUGCAACAUCUGCUUCAUCCUCUCCUGGUUUUCUACGUGCCUCCCGCAGCAUGGCGCCUUCUGGCAUGCUUCGGCAAUCCUCCCACAGCACAGGUUUUGGGGCAGCUUUGAACAUUGAGACGCUUGUUGCCGCAGCUGAACAGAGAGAUACACCUAUGGAAGCCCCGGCAUCAGAAGUUCAGGACAAAAUAUUAUUCAUUGUUAAUAAUAUUUCUAUUGCAAAUGUGGAAGCAAAAGCAAAAGAAUUUAAUGAAGUUCUUAAAGAGCAGUAUUAUCCCUGGUUUGCACAGUAUAUGGUGAUGAAGAGAACAAGUAUUGAGCCAAAUUUCCAUGAUUUGUAUCUAAAAUUCUUAGAUAAAGUCAACUCAAAGGCCCUGAACAAGGAAGUUGUUCAAGCUACAUAUGAGAACUGCAAGGUACUGUUAAGAUCUGAUCUUAUAAAAUCAAGUUCAGAGGAGCGGUCAUUACUAAAAAAUCUUGGUAGUUGGCUUGGAAAGUUCACAAUUGGUCGGAACCAAGUUUUACGGGCUAAAGAGUUGGACCCCAAAGUGCUAAUUAUAGAGGCUUAUGAAAAGGGGCUAAUGAUUGCAGUUAUUCCAUUCACAUCGAAGGUUCUUGAACCAUGUCUAAAUAGUUUGGCCUAUCAACCUCCAAAUCCAUGGACAAUGGGCAUCCUUAGUUUACUUACUGAGAUCUACAAUCUGCCAAACCUCAAGAUGAACCUUAAAUUUGAUAUUGAGGUCUUAUUUAAGAAUCUGGCUGUUGAUAUGAAAGAUGUUAAGCCAACUUCACUACUGAAAGACAGGGUUCGGGAUUUGGAGGGUAAUCCUGAUUUUUCAAAUAAGGAUAUUACACCCCAAGCACCAAUUAUUGCUGAAGUCAAUCCAGGGCUUGUACCUUCUAUGAAUCAAGCAGAACUGCACCAAGAAGCCAAUAAUACAUCUAUUGCAGCGUCCCAUCAAAAUGUAUUGAAUCAGUAUACUGCUUCUCUCCACCUUGCAUCAAGCACCAUGGUUGAUGACGAGAAAGUUGGUGGCUUAAUGAUGCCAGAACGAGCUGUUCAGGGUUUACCUCAAGUCACGCAAUCACACUCUCCAUUUUCUCUUAGUCAGCUUUUGACAAUAAUACCCAAUUCCGAUUCAUACAUAAACAUCAAUCCCAAGCUGAGUUCCAUGGGCUCCCAGUCGCAAUUUCAGAGAAUCAUACAACUUGCAAUGGAUAGGGCCAUUAAAGAUAUAGUAGCUCCUGUUAUUCAGCGUAGUGUUACUAUAGCAAGUCGUACUACCAAGGAACUUGUUGUGAAGGACUACGCUAUGGAGUCUGAUGACAACGUGAUAUCACGUGCUGCACAUUUGAUGGUUGGAACUUUAGCUGGAAGUUUAGCCCAUGUCACUUGCAAGGAACCUCUUCGCAUUGCAUUGUCUAAUAACCUUCGCAGUCUACUUUCUGGAAAUGUAAGCAGCGAACGUGUAGACCAGGUUGUUCAGAUUUUGUCAAAUGAUCAUCUUGACCUUGGUUGUGCAAUGAUUGAAAAUGUAGCAUAUGAAAAGGCAGCAGAGCUUAUUGAUGCAGCAAUAGGUCCAUCAUUUGCUGCAAUAAGGAAACAGAGGGAGGCAGCUGGUUCUGCAUAUUAUGAUGCUGGUGCUUAUUCUCAAGGUCCAUUUGCUAGGGUACCUGAAGCUCUUCGUCCUAAGCCUGGGCGCCUUUCUGUUGCUCAACAGAGGGUCUAUGAUGACUUCAUCAGGAAUAUAUGGCAAAAUCAGUCUGGCCAGAGCACUUCUGUGGCUCCUGGUGGCCCGCCUGUCCUGAGUGGUAAUUCCAUAAGUACUACACCUCGUGCUUAUGGUUCAGCUUCCGGUCAAUUAAAUCCCAGCAUUUACCCUACUGCACAAGUGGCCCCCAGUUUUAACUCAGCAGCGCACUCUUUGGAUACACUUUCUGAAGAGUCUGACCGUGGUUCAUUGCAUCCUAGUGAUGGUAUCGCGCAGCCAAGUUCUGAAAUCAAUUCUGUUACUGCAUCUUUUCCUGCUGCUGUGACCUCUGCUGAUUUGCUAAUAGUGGAGCCAUCAUCAGCUGCAAAAGAAUGGGGUUUGGUUUUGUCAGCACCAACACAUUCAGCACAGGGAACAGAGCGGUCGACACCUACCUUGUCUGAGGCAUUAUUAACGACCGGGGAUGCUCUUGAGAAAUACCAACUUGUUUCUCAAAAGUUGGAUGUUUUAGUUGCAAAGGAUUUCCGAGAAGCAGAUAUUCAGGGAGUUAUUGCUGAGGUUCCUGAUAUAUUACUAAGGUGUGUUAGCAAAGAUGAGGCCGCCUUGGCUGUUGCACAAAAGGUAUUCAAAAGUUUGUACGAGAGCUCAUCAAAUGCUACUUAUGUUGGCGCUUACCUAGCAAUUCUUGCUGCUAUACGAGAUGUUUGCAAACUUGUUGUUAAAGAGCUUACUAGCUGGGUGAUUUACUCUGAUGAAGAACGCAAGUUUAACAGAGAGAUUACAAUUGGCCUUAUUCGUUCUGAAUUGCUAAACCUUUCUGAGUACAACAUGCAUAUUGCAAAGCUUAUUGAUGGGGGACGGAAUAAAGCUGCUACGGAUUUUGCCAUCUCUCUUGUACAAGCUUUGGUCGUAAAUGAACCAGGAGUUAGUGUGUCCGAGUUGUAUCAUCUUAUUGAUGCUUUGACAAAGUUAGCAAUGAGGCCAGGAUCACCAGAGUCUUUGCAACAGUUAAUUGAGAUUGCCAGGAACAACUCUACUGGAAUAAACUCUCUUUCUAGUUCUACUGCAAGCAGGGAUGAGAAAACCAGGCAAUCUAAGGAUAAAAUGCAAGUUCUUAUAAGCCGUUCUUCAACAACUAGAGAAGAAAAUGAUUCUGGAGGUUCUGAACUUGCCGGCUUUCGUGAGCAGGCGUCUCUCCUCUUUGCUGAGUGGUGCAGGAUCUGUGAUCUACCUACUGCCAAUGAUACUGUAUUUAAUAAUUAUCUAGCCCAAUUGCAGCAAACUGGACUGCUCAAGGGUGAUGAUAUGACAGAUCGAUUUUUCCGUGUUCUUACGGAGCUCUCUGUGGCACGUUGUCUGUCCUCUGAACAAACUGGCAUUACAGGGUCAUUGCCUAUUCAAUCAACUCAAAUUCAGAACCUCUCUUUUGGUGCCAUUGAUGCAUUUGCAAAACUUGUCACUUUUGUUAUGAAGUACUCUACAAUGGAUCAAGGAAUGAGUAAAGUUAUCUUUUUACCCAAGGUUCUGUCCGUGUUAGUGAGAGUAAUUUUAAAAGAUGCUGAAGAAAAGAAAGCAUAUUUCAACCCGAGGCCAUACUUCAGGCUGUUUAUAAACUGGCUUUAUGAUCUAGCUUGUCUUGAUCCUGUGCUUGAUGGUGUUAAUUUCCAGGUUUUAACAUCUUUUGCAAAUGCUUUCCAUGCUUUGCAGCCGCUGAAAGUACCUGGUUUCAGCUUUGCAUGGCUCGAGUUGAUUAGCCACCGAAGUUUCAUGCCAAAGUUGCUUACCACCAAUUCUUUUAAGGGCGGACCAUUUUUCCAGCGAUUACUUGUUGACCUCUUCAAAUUUGUUGAGCCCUAUCUAAGAAAUGCUGAACUGAGUGAACCGGUUCAACUCUUGUAUAAAGGGACGCUCAGGGUUCUUCUUGUUCUUUUGCAUGAUUUUCCUGAAUUUCUCUGCGACUAUCAUUUCAGUUUUUGUGAUGUGAUCCCUCCAAGUUGUAUCCAAAUGCGUAAUGUUAUUCUUAGUGCUUUUCCACACAAUAUGAGACUUCCCGAUCCAUCAACGCCUAACUUAAAGAUUGAUCUUCUAACUGAAAUCAGCCAGUCACCUCACAUUUUAUCUGACGUUGAGGGUGCUCUCAAGUCAAAGCAGAUUAAGUCUGAUGUUGAUGAGUACCUUAUGACGAGAUCAGAGGGGUCUGCGUUUUUAGCUGAUCUGAAGCAGAGGUUACUGCUUUCCCCAAGUGAAGCAAGCGUGGCAGGAACUCGUUAUAAUGUGCCACUGAUCAAUUCGCUAGUGCUAUACGUAGGCAUGCAGGCUAUUCAACAGCUGCAGAGCAGGUCUAAUCAGCCAGCAUCUGCUCAACAGAUGACUCAAAGCCCUCCAAUGGAUAUCAUGCUUGUUGGUGCUGCAAUGGAUAUCUAUCAAACUUUAAUAAAGAAUUUGGAUACUGAGGGUCGAUAUCUCUUCCUCAAUGCUGUUGCUAACCAGCUGCGCUACCCAAACAACCAUACCCAUUAUUUCUCAUUUGUUCUUCUCUUUCUUUUUGGGGAGAAAAACCAGGAACCUGUUCAGGAGCAAAUUACAAGGGUCCUCUUGGAGCGUUUGAUUGUCAACCGCCCUCAUCCUUGGGGCCUUCUUAUUACUUUCAUUGAACUCAUCAAGAAUCCAAGAUAUAGCUUCUGGAGUCGAUCCUUUACCAGAUGCGCUCCAGAAAUUGAAAAGCUGUUCGAAUCAGUAUCAAGAUCCUGCGGAGGUCCGAAAAACGUGGACGAUGGAAUGGUUCCAGAAAUUUAGUGUAUGUAAAUGGCAUUGAACUGCUGGGUAGAUUGACGCAUGAAUAAUCGUUCAUAAUUUAUUCCAUAGUUUAGACAUUAUGGAUGUACAGAUAGAUAAUUCAAUCUGAUUUUGUUGACAACUGUUGCUAUAAAGAAACAAAACUAAAUUUGCUUUGUUGAAUUAUUUGACUCUUUGGCCA